AAGCCAAUGUCACGCGAGGACAUUAUAACAUCUAGUCUUCUUCGAUUGAGUCCUUAGCUUACAUUUCCGCCACAAGCGCAAUCCGUUAUAAAUCUCGCUAAAUCAAGAAAACUGUGAGAAAUUAUUUUUACAUAUAUUCUAAAAUGUGCGACGACGACGUAGCUGCACUGGUGAUCGACAAUGGCUCGGGAAUGUGUAAAGCCGGAUUCGCCGGGGACGAUGCUCCUCGAGCCGUGUUUCCUUCUAUCGUUGGAAGACCUCGAUAUCAGGGAAUCAUGGUGGGUAUGGGACAAAAGGACAGUUACGUGGGAGACGAGGCGCAAAGUAAACGGGGCGUCCUCACUGUCAAGUACCCAAUAGAGCAUGGUAUCGUCACUAAUUGGGAUGACAUGGAGAAGAUUUGGCAUCAUACGUUCUACAACGAGCUGAGAGUCGCGCCGGAGGAGCAUCCCGUCUUGCUGACAGAGGCACCCUUGAAUCCUAAAGCGAAUCGUGAGAAAAUGACACAGAUCAUGUUUGAGACCUUCAACACCCCGGCCAUGUACGUCGCCAUCCAGGCUGUCUUGUCGCUGUACGCAUCAGGACGCACGACCGGUAUCGUGUUAGAUAGCGGCGAUGGGGUGUCUCACACGGUACCGAUUUACGAAGGAUAUGCCUUACCGCACGCGAUUUUGCGCCUGGAUCUGGCCGGUCGCGACCUCACAGAUUACUUGAUGAAAAUUCUGACCGAGAGAGGCUACACUUUCACGACCACCGCCGAGCGCGAGAUUGUGCGCGAUAUUAAGGAGAAGCUGUGUUAUGUAGCCUUGGACUUUCAGCACGAAAUGGCAACGGCCGCUGCGUCGACUGCGCUAGAGAAGAGCUACGAAUUACCGGAUGGUCAGGUCAUCACGAUUGGUAACGAACGCUUCCGUUGCCCGGAAGCGAUGUUCCAGCCGAGCUUCCUGGGCAUGGAGUCCUGCGGCAUACAUGAAACGACGUACAACUCGAUCAUGAAGUGCGACGUUGACAUUCGCAAAGAUCUAUACGCCAAUUCGGUGCUUUCGGGCGGCACCACGAUGUAUCCAGGUAUCGCCGAUCGGAUGCAAAAGGAGAUAACGACGCUCGCACCUCCCACUAUGAAGAUCAAAGUGAUCGCGCCACCUGAAAGAAAGUACUCGGUCUGGAUCGGCGGCUCGAUCCUCGCUAGCCUUAGCACGUUCCAGCAGAUGUGGAUCUCCAGACAGGAGUACGACGAGCUGGGACCGUUCAUCGUACAUAGAAAGUGUUUUUAAAGAUCUUGAUGCUUUACGCAAUGCCAUCUCACCCUCAAACGCUUUUUGAUCGAUGUUAAUCUUUAGUGGACCAUAUGCAGGAUAAUUGACAGAAAGAGAGAGAGAGAAAAUCAACUUUUACAUCUCUUGAUCUAUUAAUUUAUUACAUUUCCUGAGUAUAGUGACUUCUUUUACAUACUUUUCGAGAAACAGCAUCAUACGCGUUUCUUGAAAAACAAUUUUUUUUAAUCUUCGCCAAGACACAUAACUUCUUCUAUCUGACGAAUAAUUUCUUACUCUUGAAGUAUCGAAUCAAGUGUAAUAAUGAAAUUCUACGUCCGAUCUGAUGUUGGAAAG